CGCCGCACUCAACGCUCAGCGCCCGCAGCAAACGAUGGCGCCGAUCGCCUUUUCGCCCGACGCUUCCAUCUCCUCCCACACGCUCUCUGCUGGCUCCGCGCAGCCGCCGCCCAUGGAGCUCGCACAUUCCCCGUCGGCAUUCCUCGCCAACCCCCUCGCCUUUUUGCAGCCCACCGCCCGGCUCAACGCUUCCUUCCUCACCGCGGCGAAACGCUAUCUCGACCCGAUCGCGUCUGCGGUCAGCCACGAGCAAAUCGCGCGCCAGCAGCAUCUGCGCAGGAAGAGAAAACGAGGGGAAGCACCAGACGGGGAUGCAGGCGUUUUGCGCUUGAAGAAGCUCCAUGUAGAGGGGUUCAGCGCAGACCAGGUCUUCCAGCAGACAAGCAAGGUCGUGGAUGCUGCAGUCGAAGAGAUUGAGCUAUUGCUGCCGCAAGAGGACGGGCCGGUAGCAAUAGGCUCGGACGAAGCUUCACAAGCGGACUUGGACGGGCAGGAGAUCGAGAGCGCGUCCAGCCUUGGGGAGGAGGGCGUCGACUGGGAGUACGACGGUGAGGACGUAGCAGACGAAGAGGGAGACCUGAAUGGAGAAGAGGGCCAUGAAGAUCCGGCGUCGGGCGAAGAGGACCAAUUGGAGGAUGAAGAGGAACAUAUCUUCUCCGACGCCCUGUCCCAAUACGGCCAAGCCGCAACCUAUCGCCCCGAUAACGGUGUCGACGACGAGUUCUUCCAGCUGGACACCUUUAACAGACAAACUGGGUUUCUAGAGCAGCAAGACACACGGGGUGAGGCGGCCGAUAGUGACGAUGAAGAGAUCGAUUGGGAUGCCGAUCCCUUCGCCGCUACUGCCGGCAAGGCAGCAAAGGCAGUGACGGGUGACGAAUCCGACGACGAAAACGGCCCGACGUUUGGCAACGUUGACUUGCACGCCCCGGAAGGGCUGAGCGACGACGAGUUCCAGGAUGGCGAGAUGGACGGUGUUGACUCGAUGGAUAAUGCAAACAAUCUCAUGUACAAGGAUUUCUUUGCACCACCCGCCAGAAAAGAAUCCAAACGGAAAAGGCGCGGUCGCCCGAAUCCGCACAACUUUCCCCCGGAUGCAGCCCAACCGAAUAACGAAGACAUGGAAGACCAGGUCCGAGCUACCAUGUCUCGGGUUCACCGCGAUCUCUUUGAAGACGACGACAGUGCCGAGUCUGAUGGCGAGCUCACCGACCUAGACAGCGCCGACCCGAAAUCCCGGCAAUCUACGUACCAACGCAGGCAGGCUAAAAUAGCGGAACAGAUCCGAAAAUUGGAAGCCGCCAACGUCGCGCGUCGUGAAUGGCAGCUCUCAGGCGAGGCCUCUGCUGGCGACCGCCCACUCAAUUCCCUCCUGGAAGAAAAUCUCGACUUUCAGCGUGCCGGUAAACCGACGCCUGUGAUUACAGCCGAGGUCCAACAGAGCAUCGAAGACCUAAUCAAAGGCCGCAUCCUUCGGGGUGAAUUCGAUGAGGUCAUUCGACGCAGACCAGACGACCUCGCAACUGGUCCUAAGGUGCGACGAGGCGAAUUCCAGCUCGAUGACAGCAAGGCCUCAAAAGGUCUUGCCGAGAUGUAUGAGGAGGAUCUACUGCGUAGCACAGAUCCGAACUACGUAGAUUCCCGUGACCAGAAGCUCAAGAAGGAGCAUGAGGAGAUCUCGGCCCUGUGGAAGAGUAUAUGUAGCAAGCUCGACUCCCUCAGCUCCAGCCACUUCAAGCCCAAGCCAGCCACUGCGAAUCUCGAGAUCCGCGUCGACGCCCCGGCCAUCGAAAUGGAAGACGCACGACCCACAGCGGGCGGCGAAGUUGCGGGCUCCGGCAUGCUUGCUCCUCAGGAACUCUACAAGCCCGGUGAGGAGAAGCGCAGGACUGAGAUCGUCACUAAGGGCGGUAUGCCUGUUGCUCGGGAGGAGAUGACUCGCGAGCAGAAGUUUAGGAGACGACGGAGGGAGAAGGAGAGGAUCAAGAAGGCGGGUCUUCACCAGCAGCCGAAGGAGGAACGUACUGGAGAGAGGAAGAAGCAAGAAAAGAAGCAGUUGCUGGGUGAAUUGAAGAAGGGCGGAGUGCAGGUUAUUGGAAAGAAGGGUCAGGUGACGGACGUGGAAGGCAAGGAGGUCAGGGAGGCGUCGAGGAAGGCUGCUGCUAGCUUCAAGCUUUGA